AUGAGACAGUCAGCCUAUAUUUACCUAACCUUUGUUUCUUCUUGCACUGUCUGUGAACUUUUGCUGUAUACAUUCCUCACUCGCCUCUCGUUGCCUUCUUGCUCUCGCGACAUGCACAAUUUCUACCGUCCCAGUGUGAUUGUCGAUGACGCUAGCGACGCCAGCAGUGUCACAAUCGACCACGACCCAGAUCGGUUGUACUUUUUGCGCGAAGACUCUGACACAGCAACCAGGGAAUUUAUUGAUCUUACUGAGGAUGAGACGACGCAUGAUGGCGAAUACAUAACCGACGAGUGUUUCGAGGUACUGCGCGAGGACUGGCUUGCUUCCGCGUGUGCUUCCAGUCCUCUCUCGCCGGAGCUUCCGGAAGGGCAGCUGCUAGAAGAGGUCUGUGAUGCUGACGGAAUUGUCUACAAGCCGGGCAAUUCCGUCGAGCUCCACGAUGGCGCAUUCUUCCGAAUUUGCUCUAUACGGCAAGCAUUGAAAGGCAAUAUAAUAUUGACCGGCCGCCGGUUGCUCAAAUUCAAAGACCACCCAGACAAAUACCUUCCCCAAUGGCGCAAUGAGCUGAUUUGGGUUGCCGAUGAAACUGCGGAGAUUCCUCUCUGGUUCGUUCGACGUUUUGUCUCAGUACACUUCAGCAACGUUUGUCCCAUUGGUCAAGACUGUCAGAAGAAUAAUAAUCCUGAUGGCCUAUUCUGCCGCUUGAAGAGGGUUAUUCAGAAAGAGACUACUUCAAUUGAAUACCUGACAUUCGAGGAAGCCGAUGCCGGGUUCCGCGCGCCCUCGGCAAGCUUGCGCCAUGGUUGGCGGGGGGAAACCGCUCCUUUCGGCAGCAAAGAGGAAGCUGAGACGCCGGUGAUUGUGUUAGAUGAUGACAAUGACUUUCAGGAUACAAUAUUAAAACAGAAGGCGCAGCGGAAGUAUACCUUCGGUGACGGAUUCUGUGGUGCGGGUGGGGUCUCGUGCGGCGCUGAAGCCGCUGGCUUGGACAUCAAAUGGGCCUUUGAUUUAUGCCCCCACGCGGCAGCAACUUAUCGACUGAAUUUUCCCAAUGUAGAAUGUGAGGGAAGCGAUAUUUUCAGCUUUAUGACCAGCAAUGAGGAGUUUAUGAGAGUGGACAUCUCUCAUGGCUCGCCCCCGUGUCAAACCUUCUCGCCUGCUCACACAAUCCCAGGGCCCAAUGAUGAUGCCAACUCAGCAGCUAUAUUCUCAUGCUGGGACCUCAUUCGUAAAGCAAAACCGAGAGUUCAUACCAUGGAAGAAACGAGCGGUCUGUUCGAUCGGCAUCAACAAGUGUUCCUCCGGGUUAUCUGUGAUUUCAUAGAGACAGGGUACUCCGUCCGAUGGGCCCUUCUUAAUUGUAUGUGGUAUGGGGUGCCACAGUCUCGAAAGAGAUUGAUUAUCAUUGCGUCAGGGCCUGGGGAAAGCCUCCCACGGCUGCCAAGGCCUACUCAUGGCCUGCCAGGGUCCGGGCUGCGUGAUCUUACAACAAUCAGCCAGGCAAUUCGCGAUAUCCCCACUGGAAGUCCCGAUCACGACGUCGUUGCCGCACGGGGUCGCGGAGUUCAUAAUCGAAGAGCUCCAUUCGACGGAAACCGACAAGCUCGCACAAUAACAUGCGGCGGUGGGGACAAUUAUCAUCCCUCUGGAUUGCGCGGUUUUACCCUCAGGGAGUUUGCUUGUCUGCAAACCUUUCCUCUGGGCUUUCGGUUCCUGGGCGGUAGGACGCAGGUAAAGAGGCAGAUCGGCAAUGCAGUGCCUCCCCUACUGGCCAAAGCUGUCUUUAAGGAAAUCAUCAGGUCGCUGCAAGACACCGAUGAGCGUGAAUUGCACGAAAACCAAUGAUCGCCAUUAGGGUCCUGAGGAACCACAUGCUCUGGACCUAGCCGCGGGAUUGCAGAACGCCGUCCAACCGUGGAGACCUCGGCGAGCGAUCGGAAGCGAUAACACGCUGGACAACGGGAAGAGGCUCAGUCUGUUCUCAGCCAAGACAGAUAGUAGUGGCAGAUCUUCCAAUUGAACGUUUGAUGAUUGCU